AUGAAGACUGUAUUAAAGUGUAACAUUGCUGAUUGUCAAUGCGAACAGUUUUUUCCUGGUAAUAGUUGUAGUUUAUCAGUACGUUCAUGUGACGAAUGUAAACAUAGUUUUGUCAAUCACGUUAUUAAUUUAAAUGAAUUAGAUACUGAUGAAAUUAUAAAACAUUUAACUGCUGAACAUAUUUAUGAAUUAUGUACGCUUUGUUUAUAUGGUACAACGGUUAUAACACCACGUAUUAAAAUUUUACUUGAUCGUAUAUUAGAUACAUUAACUCAAGCUGAACAAGAUAAUAUAUUAAAAUCAUUAAAAUGGUCUAUUGAUGAUUAUGAAAAAUCUUAUAUAGAACAUAAUUUCAAUAAUUCAUCAUCAAAUUUCAAUUUAAUAAUGCCAUCAUCCGAUGAAGAAGAUCAAUAUUUAUUACCCCAAUUUCUUCGUUUUGAAUCAACACGUUUACUUGCACAAUAUUUUCUUCAAGUAGCACAACAACAACAACGUAUAUCUCCACAUUGUCCAUCAUCAAAUGGUCGUUCACCAUCACCAUCAGCAACUGAAUCUAAACCAGCAAAUAUUUCAUCAACAGCCCUAUCCUUAAUACCACCACUACCGCCUCCACCACCAUCAAUAUUACCAUCAGCAACUGCAACUGCUAAUAUGUUACUUCGUCCACCAGGACCAUUUCCAUUUCCAUCACCAUGGCCAUCAACGGAUAUUCAAAUGAUGAAUUUUCUUAUGGCACAAUUAUCAAAUCCAUUAAUGAUGAACUAUGAUUUUCGUCGUAUUGGAAAUAAUCUUUUACCAACAGCAGCUGCUGCAGCUGCCGCUGCUGCUGCGGCUGCGGCUGCAACAACAACAUCAACAACAACCCAUCUUCCAUCAGUAACGAUUCCAACAAUAAGAGAAGAAACAAAUGGUAAACAUUAUGAUAUACCUGAAAUAAAUAAUAAUGAAAUUGAAAGAAAAAAUUCUUCAACAAAACGUAAACGUCUUUGUUCACCAUUAAAUCUUUCAACAACAUCACGUUCACCAACAGAAUUACCAGCAUCAAAUGAAUCCAUUGCACGUAUAUCUGAUAGUUCAUUAUCAUCAAAAAGUAGUUUAACAAAUAAUAAUAAUAAUAACAAUGCAAACAAUUCAUCGACAUCAACAACAACAACAGCAGCAGCAACACGCAAACGUCUUUCAUUAAGUGAACAACGUGUUUUAAUAAGUCCACAUGGAAAGAAACGUGUUCAAUGUAAUGUAUGUAUGAAAACAUUUUGUGACAAAGGUGCACUUAAAAUACAUUUUUCGGCUGUACAUUUACGUGAAAUGCAUCGUUGUACAACACCUGGUUGUACAAUGAUGUUUUCAUCACGUCGUUCAAGAAAUCGUCAUUCAGCUAAUCCAAAUCCAAAAUUACAUUUACCAAGACCAAAUGCAAUGUCUCAUCGUUAUCAUACAACGGGUCCAAUUAUAUCUGAUGGUAAACAUCAAUCACAAGUCAAUUUAUAUUUAGAUGAUGAUGAUGAUGAUAAUAUAUCAUCAAAUAUUUCUUCAUCAAUUGAUGAUCAACACGACGAUGAUCGAGCAGACGAAGAACUUGUAUCAUAA